AUGGCGGUUGAUCAACGUCCUCAAUUGGAUACCUUUGGGUUGAUUUUCCCAUUGCCACUACGUAUAGCUACCCUCUUGGUCGCUGGUUUCUGGGGAUGGGGUCUCAAUCUUCAAUACCUGGCAAAAGCCAACAUUGACGUUCCCGCGCUCAUCAAAUAUCCUGCCCGCACCUCCCCCUCGCAACGCCCGCACCACACCGCCGUCUAUCGCCUGGCCACGUGCUUCACCAUCCCACUUGCCCUGUGGUUUAUUGUCUUCUGGAUACUCACCAAGCGGUCCCCUGAAUUGGUGGAACGAUUGGACUGGGUACCGCAGUCGGUGUUCAUUAUCCUCCUCCUUAUUCUGAUUUGGCCCUUCAACCGCGCCUCCCGUUCCGGCCGAAUCCGAUUCCUCCUUACCCUCAAGCGGAUCAGUCUUGGUGGUCUGGCCGAGUCCCAGGAUGGCAAGUUUGGUGACAUUCUGCUGGCAGAUGCCCUAACUAGCUAUGUUCGUGUGUUUGGAGAUAUCUAUAUCAGCUUUUGCAUGUACUUCAUCGAUGGCCUCACCGCUACUUCCAUGCCCAACCGGGCCUGUGGAAGUGCAAACGUCGUUCCGAUUAUCGUGGCUGUCCCCAGCUUGAUUCGUCUUCGUCAGUGUUUGACUGAAUAUAUUCGUGCGCGGCGCACAGUCACCCGGAGAGAGACGCAAAAGGCAAACCAGCACUUGGCCAACGCUCUCAAGUAUGCAUCUGCGUUCCCUGUUAUUUGGAUGUCCUCCAAAAUGCGCAACUACAAUCCCUUGGAGCUACAUGGAUAUAGCGAGGUUAGCAUGAUGCGCCUUCUAUUUAUCGUCUCUUUUAUCAACUCCGCCUACUCCUUCUGGUGGGAUAUUGUCAAGGAUUGGGAUAUGACUCUCUUCUCCCCGGACCGCUACGGCAGCGAUCACCCAUACGGACUCCGUCGGUACCGCUACUUCACAUCCGAUAAAUUAUAUCACUACGUCAUUAUCGCGGAUCUGGCUCUUCGGUUCUCAUGGCUCUGGCGGAUUAUCCCAGGCCUCGGCUGGAUCCCGGAAAGCGAAAGUGGAGUCUGGUUGCUCAUGUUCCUUGAAAUUGUGCGACGCUGGAUGUGGGUAUUCUUCCGGACUGAAGCUGAAUGGAUUCGGAAUACCCAUGGCCCAGGCCCAGAUGACGUCCUCCUCGGCGAAUACAACCACAAAUUCGACGCGGACUAA